AUGUCUUCCAACCGUGAGAACAACAGCUCCAAUGACAUCGAUCUAGCCGCGGAGAUUGAUGCAUUAACUGCAGACCUGGGUAACCAGUCAAAGCUUUUCACCGAAUAUUUGAGAGCCCCAGCUAGCGAGAAAGUACCUGGAGACCUUCCUGCGGAGGUUCAGGCUGCCAAAGAGACGUUGCUCGAAAGUGCCUUGCAUAUCUUCAACCUUGUCAGCGGGCCUACCGAGUAUAUCCAGAAUGUCCUCAUCGGCGGCCAUUACAUGGAAAUCCUUCGUUGGAUGAGCCACUUUAAAAUAUUCGAGCUAGUUCCUCUCGACGGCAAAAUCUCCUACUCGGAGCUAGCUGCCAAAGCCGGCGUAACAGAGGAGCGACUCAAGAGUCUUGCCCGGAUGGCAAUGACAAGCUCCCUCUUCACCGAACCUGAAAAGGGGUUCAUGGCCCAUUCUGCCACGUCUACAGCUCUGGCGACAAACCAGGGUCUUGCAUCUUUCAGGCUGUGGAUAACGGCUGUUACUGGUCCUGCAGCUUCGUCAAUGGUGAAAGCUCAUGCAAGAUGGCCAGACGAUACUGCGCCCAACAGGACUCCUUUCAGUGCUGCUUUUGAUACUGACCUUGGCAUGUAUGAUUACAUUGCCACACAGCCUGACCUCUACAGAAUGUUUGACACUGCUAUGCAGGCGGUGGCCAAAAGCCCUAUGAGCCAUUUGAAGCAUCUCAUUAGUGGCUUUGACUGGGGUAGUCUUGGAAAGGCUACAGUUGUUGAUGUUGGUGGAAAUGUCGGUCACAGCUGCGUAGAGCUCGCAAAGGCCUUCCACGACCUAGACUUCAUCGUCGAGGACACUCCCCACAUUGUGGAAGAGGGCAUCAAGACUGUCAAAGCCAACGACCCGACUCUUGUAGAACGCAUCAAGUUCCGAGAGUACGAUUUCUUCACCAAGCAACCAGUGCAGGGUGCGCAAGUCUACCUCCUGCGCCAGAUUCUACACAACUGGAACUUUGACAAGGCUGUUGAAAUCACGGAGAAUACUGCUGCAUCUAUGAGUAAAGACUCGCAUAUACUCAUCAUGGACAUGUUACUCCCGGAGCCAGGUAGUAUUUCGUCCGUGCAUGAGAGGGUGCUGCGUUCUCGUGAUGUUGUCAUGAUGCAGCUCUUCAAUUCGCUGGAGCGAGACUUGGAGGGCUGGCAGAAGAUUUUGACGGCCGCGGAUCCGAGACUAAGGAUCAAUGCGGUCAAUAAGCCUGAGGGAAGCUUUCUCACAGUUAUUGAUGUUGUUAAAGUGUAG